AUGGUCGCCCACAAGAUUGCGAUAGUUGGUGACACAGGCGUUGGUAAGACAUUUCUCGGCUUGCGUGUUCUGGGGAGUCCGCUCCCAAUCGCACGCCUUCUCCUCAACUCUGACCUAACGCUCACGGUCUUAGGGAUACUGGCCUUUUCCGUACUAUGCCUCUCUGUCGACGACCCAACAUCGUUCGAAAACGUAGAGUCGUUGUGGUGGCCCGAAAUAGCACAUUGGAUUCCCGAGGUGCCAAUCAUUCUCGUUGGGACAAAGAAGGACGUUUCGCGCAAAGUCUCCAUCGACGAGGUCUUGAACAUUGAGCAGUAA